UGCCUCCCAUUCAUUUAGCUGGAGAGAGAGAGAGAAAAGAGUGAGUGAGUGAGAGAGAGAGAGAGAGUCUUGGAGUGAGCUGAGUGUUCGAGUCUGCGGGAAGAUCGCUUUAAUGUCCGCAAAAAGAUCUGGAUCUUCUGCCUUGAUGCUCUGCGCACUCGACUGACUGACUGACCGACUUGCUCUGGCUAUGAGACACAGCACCGUGUGCUAUUAUGCGCACGAAAUAAGGGGAAAUAAUCCUUGUUUUCUGCAGGAGGGCUGUGGGAUACCCCGAUGCCUUCAGCAUGAAUAUUUUGCGCUAGACUGACCAACUGACAUUAGUUAUUAAUGUUGAAAAAUUACUCAAACAAGCAUGGAUGUGAAAGAACGGAAACCCUACCGAUCUUUAACAAAGGGUAGACGCGAAAAGGAGCGGCGAUACACCAGCUCUUCAGUGGAAAGUGAAGACAGUAAAGUACCUCACAAAUCCUACAGCUCCAGUGAAACACUCAAAGCCUAUGACCAGGACCCAAGGUUGGGUUACGGCAACCGUGUCAAAGAAAUGAUUCAUCAGGAAUCAGAUGAAUACUGCAGACCAGGAACCAAUUUUUCUCUGCGAGAAUUGGCAAUGAGCGAAGCGAACCCUCAGCAUGGGACUGGCUACCGGGUGGCGGACAUGGGGAUGCCACAUCGCGGGUACUCCAUAAGCGCUGGUUCCGACGCUGAUGCUGACACGGAGACUGAUGGAGUCAUGUCUCCAGAACAUGCCAUGAGACUUUGGGGACGGAACGCUAAAUCAGCACGGAGCUCCCGUUUAUCCAGUCGGGCAAAUUCUGCCCUCACACUCACGGACACAGAGCACGAGAACACAGAAAAUGGUCCUCCCCUGCCUUGCUCUUCUGCUUCAUCAACCCCAGUGGAGCAUUAUCCCUCCCCUCCCCCUGCUUCUGAAGUCAAUGAGAACCAAAGAAGGUUGCUUGGCAAUAAUGUGACCCAGCCAAACCGUGACUCUGACUCCGAUGAGGAGUUUGCUCCCAACUCUUUCUUAGUUAAAACUGGCUCUGGAAACCUGUAUGUUCCCUCAAAUGAUCAUCUGGCCAAUCCUCCUGAGAACCGUUCAAUGCUCAGGACACCUCCACCUCCAAUGACGCAUCCCCACACAUUAAACCAUCCCCAUGCCUCCUCAGUAAACUCACUGAACAGGGGAACUUCACUACACGCAGUAACCCCAGCCCAAGCCCAGCAGAUCUCCCACCUCCUCCAGAGCCACCUCCAAGCACACAGGAGUCCGCUCACAUGCAGGACAAUUGGCUGCUCAACAGUAACAUUCCCCUGGAGACCAGAUCAUCUGGCCAAUCCUCCUGAGAACCGUUCAAUGCUCAGGACACCUCCACCUCCAAUGACGCAUCCCCACACAUUAAACCAUCCCCAUGCCUCCUCAGUAAACUCACUGAACAGGGGGAACUUCACUACACGCAGUAACCCCAGCCCAAGCCCAGCAGAUCUCCCACCUCCUCCAGAGCCACCUCCAAGCACACAGGAGUCCGCUCACAUGCAGGACAAUUGGCUGCUCAACAGUAACAUUCCCCUGGAGACCAGAAAUGUAGCAAAGCAGACAUUCCUAGAGACUUUGCAGGACAACCUAAUUGAGAUGGACGUUUUUUCCUCUGCUCGGCAUGAAGGUGGUUACAAUGAUGGGCACUUCUUAUUUAAACCGGGAACUGGAUCCUCCCCUCUCUUUUGUACCACUGGUCCCAGCUACCCCCUUACUUCCAGCACUGUGUACUCUCCUCCACCUCGGCCCCUGCCUCGCACCACCUUUUCAAGGUCUGCUUUCAGUCUGAAGAAGCCGUAUAAGUACUGCAAUUGGAAGUGUACUGCCUUGAGUGCCAUCAUCAUUUCUGUUGCCCUGGUGAUUCUACUUGCCUAUUUCAUUGCCAUGCACCUGUUUGGCCUAAACUGGCACCUGCAGCCGAUGGACGGGCAGAUAUACCAGAUCGGUGAGAACAGAGCCAGCAGUUGGCCAGUGCCAACGGACGUCACAUUGUCUCCCUCUGGUGGCACAGGUUUAGGCUUGCCUGAGAGGAAAGGCAAAGGAACCAGAGAAGGAAAAACGGACCAUUUGAUCCCAGAAGACAACUGCAUAGAUUCUGGAGAAAUCGAUGUGGGGCGGAGAGUCACCAAAAAGAUACCACCUGGCAUAUUCUGGUGCACUCAAGUAUUUAUAGACCACCCAAUGUAUUUAAAAUUCAAUGUAUCAUUAGGAAAGGAUGCUCUGGUUGGGAUAUAUGGUCGUCGAGGCCUUUCACCGUCACACACCCAGUUUGACUUUGUGGAGCUGUUGGAUGGAAGACGUCUGCUUGCGCAGGAAGUGAAAAGUCUGGGAUUCCAGCAGCAGCACAGAAGUUUGGUCCCUCUGACAAACCGUGAGACUGGCUUCAUCCGAUAUCUGGAUUCUGGCAUCUGGCACUUAGCCUUUUACAAUGAUGGGAAAGAGGUGGAGCUGGUCUCCUUCAUAACCACUAUUAUAGAGUCCUUGGACGAAUGUCCUGCCAACUGCUAUGGAAAUGGAGAGUGCGUAUCUGGAAUGUGCCAUUGCUUUCUGGGUUAUAUUGGUCCAGAUUGUGCCCGAGCUUCUUGCCCAGUUCUAUGCAGUGCAAAUGGUCAAUAUGUGAAAGGACGCUGUUUGUGCCACAGUGGUUGGAAGGGAGCGGAGUGUGACAUUCCCACAAACCAAUGUCUUGACCCGUCCUGCGGCAACCACGGCACCUGCAUCAUGGGAACCUGCAUUUGCAACCAGGGCUAUAAGGGAGAGAGCUGCGAAGAAGUGGAUUGCUUGGACCCUACGUGCUCAGGGCGAGGGAUUUGCGUUCGUGGAGAAUGCCACUGUGGCACUGGCUGGGGUGGGUCAAACUGCGAGACAGCACGAACUACUUGUACAGGCCAGUGUUCAGGGCAUGGUACGUUUCUACCAGAUACAAAGACCUGCAGCUGUGACCUAACCUGGACAGGCCACGAUUGUUCUAUAGAGAUUUGUGCAGUAGACUGUAGUGGCCACGGGAUCUGCGUUGGAGGCACCUGUCGCUGCGACGAAGGCUGGAUGGGCAGUGGCUGUGAUCAGCGAGCAUGUCACCCACGCUGCAAUGAGCACGGAACCUGUAAGGAUGGCAAGUGUGAAUGCAGCCCUGGAUGGAACGGAGAGCAUUGCACUAUUGAGGGCUGCCCUGGUUUAUGCAAUGGAAACGGACGGUGCACUCUGGAUCAGAAUGGGUGGCGUUGCGUCUGUAAACUGGGCUGGAGGGGCACAGGAUGUGAAACCUCCAUGGAGACUGCUUGUGGAGAUGAAAAAGACAAUGAUGGAGAUGGCCUUGUUGACUGCAUGGACCCAGAUUGUUGCCUUCAGCCUUUGUGCAAUGCCAAUCUGCUGUGCCUUGGAUCACCAGAUCCUCUUGAUAUCAUUCAGCAGACACACAUGCCAUCUUUACAGCAAAACCUUCUAUCAUUCUACGACAGAGUCAAAUUCCUCAUCGGCAAAGGGACCACACAUGUAAUCCCCGGUGAAAAUCCUUUCAACAGUGGCCAUACCUGUGUGAUGCGAGGUCAGGUAGUGACAGCAGAUGGUACCCCACUGGUUGGUGUCAAUGUCAGUUUUGUCAACAAUCCCAGCUAUGGCUACACCAUCAGUCGUCAGGAUGGCAGCUUUGACUUGAUGACUAAUGGAGGGGUCUCAGUCACGAUGCAUUUUGAGCGCGCUCCGUUCAUCACCCAAGAGCAUACACUCUGGCUGCCAUGGGAUCGCUUUUUUGUCAUGGAUACAGUCAUCAUGAGGCAUGAAGAGAAUGAGAUUCCCAGCUGUGACCUGAGCAACUUUGCACGUCCCAACCCAAUUGUCUCUCCGGCACCACUGACAGAGUUUGCUGGUUCCUGCCCGGAAAAGGGGCCCAUCGUUCCGGAGAUACAGGUGUUACAGGAGGAGAUAAAAAUCCCAGGCAGCAAAAUGAAGCUGAACUAUUUAAGCAGUCGAACAACUGGCUACAAAUCAGUGAUGAGGAUCAGCCUAACCCAACCCUCCAUCCCAUUCAACCUGAUGAAGGUCCACCUUAUGGUAGCUGUGGAAGGGCGACUCUUCCAGAAAUGGUUUCCUGCUUCUCCUGACCUUUCUUACUACUUCAUCUGGGACAAAACAGAUGUCUACAAUCAAAAGGUUUAUGGAUUGUCUGAAGCAUUUGUGUCUGUGGGUUAUGAAUAUGAAUCCUGUCCUGACCUGAUACUCUGGGAAAAGCGGACAGCUGUUCUGCAGGGUUAUGAGAUAGAGGCAUCUAACCUUGGUGGAUGGACAAUAGACACACACCAUGCCCUCAACAUACAGAGUGGGAUCUUGCACAAGGGAAAUGGAGAAAAUCAGUUCAUAUCCCAACAGCCACCUAUCAUUGGGAGUAUUAUGGGAAAUGGCCGCAGACGUAGCAUUUCAUGCCCAAGUUGCAAUGGUCUUGCAGAUGGUAACAAGCUCCUUGCACCAGUUGCCUUGGCAUGUGGAUCAGAUGGAAGCAUAUACGUUGGGGAUUUCAAUUAUAUUCGUAGGAUCUUCCCCUCAGGCAAUGCUACAAAUGUACUGGAGUUAAGCAAUACUCCAACACACAAGUACUACCUCACCGUGGACCCUCUUUUGGGAUCCCUGUUCCUGUCUGAUACAAACAGCAGACGUAUCUAUAAAAUAAAAGCCCUCACUGGAAGCAAGGAUGUAGCGAAGAAUGCAGCGGUGGUGGCUGGGACAGGAGAUCAGUGUCUUCCCUUUGAUGAGGCUCGAUGCGGGGAUGGUGGAAAAGCAAUUGAAGCCUCUCUAACUAGUCCGAGAGGUAUAACUAUUGAUAAAUUUGGUCUGAUAUACUUUGUGGAUGGCACCAUGAUCCGCCGGAUUGACCAGAAUGGAAUCAUCUCAUCUGUGAUCGGCUCGAAUGACCUGACGUCAGCACGGCCUCUUAGCUGUGACUCCGUGAUGGAUAUUUCCCAGGUGCGUCUGGAAUGGCCCACUGACCUGGCAGUGAAUCCUAUGGACAAUUCACUUUAUGUGCUGGACAACAAUGUGGUGCUCCAGAUCUCGGAAAAUCACCAGGUUCGCAUUGUAGCAGGACGCCCAAUGCACUGUCAAGUACCUGGUAUCGAUCAUUUCCUGCUCAGCAAAGUGGCAGUGCACUCAACCUUAGAAGCAGCAAGUGCCAUUGCCGUCUCCCAUAAUGGAAUACUCUACAUUGCGGAAACAGACGAGAAGAAAAUUAAUCGAGUGCGCCAGGUCACAACAAACGGUGAAAUAUCUCUUGUUGCUGGAGCACAAACUGGUUGCGAUUGCAAGAACGAUGCCAACUGUGACUGUUUCUCUGGUGAUGAUGGCUACGCAAAGGAUGCCAAACUAAAUGCCCCAUCAUCCCUGGCAAUAUGCCCUGAGGGAGAAUUGUACAUUGCAGACCUUGGCAAUGUUCGUAUCAGGUUUGUGAAAAAAAACCGUCCAUAUCUUAAUCCUCAAUACCUCUAUGAAGUGGCUUCCACUAUUGAUCAAGAACUCUACUUAUUUACCACCAAUGGUAGCCAUUUGUAUACCCAGAGCCUUGUCACCGGAGACUAUCUUUACAAUAUCACGUACACUGGGAAUGGAGACAUCAGCAGCAUCAAAGACAACAAUAGAAACAUGCUAAGUGUUCGACGAGAUGCCACAGGAAUGCCACUCUGGCUUGUGGUACCAGAUGGACAGGUUUACUGGCUUACCAUUGGUACAAACAGUGCCUUAAAGAGUGUCUCUUCCCAGGGGCAUGAGCUGGCUAUGAUGACAUACCAUGGAAAUAGUGGUCUCUUGGCAACUAAAAGCAAUGAAAAUGGAUGGACCACAUUCUAUGAGUAUGAUAAUUAUGGCCGCCUGACCAACGUGACGUUCCCCACUGGGUACGUGAACAGUUUCCAUGGUAACAUUGACAACUCUGUUCGAGUACACGUAGAGACAUCUAAUAAGGAUGAUGUUACCAUAACAACUAAUUUGUCAGCAGCAGGUGCCUUCUACACUCUUGUCCAAGAUCAAGUUCGAAACGGAUACCAUGUGGGUUCAGAUGGUUCAUUGCGACUCAUAUUGGCUAACGGAAUGGAGGUCGCACUGCAAACAGAGCCACAUCUUUUGGCAGGCACGGUCAAUCCCACUGUUGGAAAACGUAAUGUUACUCUGCCCAUUGAAAAUGGCUUAAACUUAGUGGAAUGGAGGCAGCGGAAAGAGCAAGCAAGGGGACAGGUCACUGUAUUUGGACGAAGGCUGAGGGUCCACAGCCGAAACCUGCUCUCCCUGGAUUUUGAUCGGGUGACCAGGACAGAAAAGAUAUAUGAUGAUCAUCGGAAGUUCACCCUCCGAAUCCUGUAUGACCAAGCUGGGCGCCCUACCCUGUGGUCACCAAGCAGUAGACUGAAUGGAGUGAAUGUAACAUAUUCUUCAGCCGGUCAUGUGGCAGGUAUCCAGAGAGGUACAAUGUCGGAAAGAAUCGAUUAUGACUCAGCUGGCAGGAUUGUGUCCAGAACCUUUGCUGAUGGAAAAUCUUGGAGCUACACGUACCUAGAAAAGUCUAUGGUGCUACUCCUACACAGUCAACGACAGUACAUCUUUGAGUUUGAUAAAAACGAUCGUCUGUCUUCUGUUACGAUGCCCAACGUGGCCCGACAAAAUCUGGAAACCAUCCGUUCUAUAGGGUAUUACAGGAAUAUCUACAGGCCACCUGAGGCCAAUGCUUCUGUUGUUCAGGACUUUGCAGAGGAUGGACGGCUGCUGCAGACAUCCUACCUGGGAACCGGUCGACGCAUGCUUUACAAGUACGGCAAGCUGUCCAAACUCUCUGAAAUCCUUUAUGACACCACGAGAAUUAGUUACUCCUACGGUGAAGUGGCUGGCAUGCUUAAGACUGUGAACUUGCAGAACGAAGGCUAUACCUGCACUAUACGUUUCAGGCAAAUUGGCCCUCUCAUUGACAGGCAAAUCUUCCGGUUCAGUGAAGAAGGAAUGGUGAAUGCCCGCUUUGAUUAUAAUUACGACAACAGUUUUCGGGUUACAAGCAUGCAGGCUGUGAUCAAUGAGACACCGUUACCGAUUGACCUUUACCGAUACGACGAUGUCUCUGGAAAAAUUGAACAAUUUGGAAAAUUUGGUGUUAUUUACUACGAUAUUAAUCAAAUCAUCACCACUGCAGUCAUGACUCACACAAAACAUUUUGAUGCUUAUGGACGGGUGAAAGAAGUGCAGUAUGAAAUCUUCAGGUCACUCAUGUAUUGGAUGACAGUCCAGUAUGACAACAUGGGACGUGUGGUGAAACGGGAGCUGAAGGUUGGCCCCUAUGCCAACACAUCUAGGUACGCAUAUGAAUAUGAUGCAGAUGGACAGUUGCAGACGGUGUCUCUGAAUGAUAAACCUUUGUGGCGAUACAGCUAUGAUUUAAAUGGAAACCUCCAUUUGUUGAGUCCCGGUAACAGUGCUCGUCUGACUCCGCUGAGAUAUGACUUAAGAGAUCGAAUCACUCGUUUGGGAGAGAUACUGUACAAAGUCGACGAGGAUGGUUUCCUACAUCAGAGAGGCAAUGACGUCUUCGAGUACAAUUCAGCGGGGCUUCUCAGUAAGGCAUACAGUAAAUCCAGUGGUUGGAGCGUGCAGUACCGAUAUGAUGGUGUUGGAAGAAGGGUUUCCAGUCGAACCAGCUACGGGAUGUACUUGCAGUUCUUCUAUGCAGAUCUGAGUAACCCCACCAGAGUCACUCAUAUGUACAACCAUACCAGUUCUGAGAUAACAUCUCUGUACUAUGACCUUCAAGGUCACCUUUUUGCUAUGGAGAUUAGCAGUGGUGAUGAGUACUACGUUGCCUGUGACAAUACGGGAACCCCAUUGAUUGUCUUCAGUGGUACUGGGCUGAUGAUCAAGCAAAUAACAUACACUGCUUAUGGAGAGAUCUAUAUGGAUACAAAUCCAGCCUUUCAACUUAUUAUAGGCUACCAUGGUGGCUUGUAUGAUCCCCUCACCAAACUAGUUCACUUUGGACGUCGAGAUUAUGAAGUCCUGUCUGGACGGUGGACAGCACCAGACCACAAGAUCUGGAAUCGUCUGAGCACCAGUCUCAUACCUAUUAAUUUGUAUAUGUUUAAAAAUAACAAUCCAGUCAGCAACAUGCAGGAUAUCAAAUGUUACAUGACAGAUGUGAACAGUUGGCUGCUGACAUUUGGAUUCCAGCUUCACAACGUUAUCCCAGGAUAUCCCAAACCAGAAAUUAUUUCAAUGGAACCUUCCUAUGAGCUGGAGAACACUCAGAUGAAAACACAACAGUGGGACAGCACUAAGUCUAUUUUAGGUGUCCAGUGUGUGGUACAGAAACAACUCAAAGCCUUUGUUACACUGGAGCAUUUUGGUCGGAUCUAUGGAGGGAGUGGGGCUGGGUGCCAGCCAAAAGCACUCCAGAAAAAAUUUGCCACAGGUGGUUCAAUCCUUGGUAAAGGGGUUAAGUUUGCUGUGAAAGGAGGCAGAGUGAGCACAGACAUCAUUAGUGUUGCCAAUGAGGAUGGAAGAAGGGUCGCUGCAGUGUUAAAUAAUGCAUUCUAUCUGGAAAACCUGCACUUCACUAUAGAUGGUGUGGACACACAUUAUUUUAUUAAACUGGGACCUGCAGAAGGGGAUCUCGCUAUUCUGGGCCUCAGUGGUGGCAGGCGAACCCUGGAGAAUGGAGUCAAUGUUACUGUAUCCCAAAUUAAUGCAGUUCUGAAUGGAAGGACUAGAAGAUACACUGAUAUUGAACUUCAAUUUGGUUCUUUGUGUUUAAAUACACGGUAUGGCACAACCAUGGAUGAAGAGAAAGCUCGAGUCUUGGAGCUGGCCAGGCAGCGUGCUGUAACACAGGCCUGGGCCAGAGAGGAUCAAAGAUUGCGGGAUGGAGAAGAAGGCGUCCGUUCAUGGACAGAGGGAGAGAAGCAGCAACUGCUCAGCACUGGCAGGGUGCAAGGCUACGACGGCUAUUUUGUAACAACUGUUGAGCAAUACCCUGAAUUGUCAGACAGUGUAAAUAAUAUCCAUUUCAUGAGACAGAGUGAAAUGGGCAAGAGGUAACAGUAAAGGACCACGUGCCAACCACUUUGCCAAAGACAGCUGCUUAUGUGGCCACUUUUCAGACUGUGUUGUACAAUUUUAUUUUUAAACCGUUGCACUGUAAUUCAUGCAAUGUGCUGUUUUUUUUCUUGUUUUGUUUUCCUUUGUCUUCACACAUUUUGCAUUGGGCAGAAGAUAUUUUGUUGCAAUGUGACCACAAUGAAUUUUUCCUACUUUCUCCCUAUGUAAGAACUGCGACGUGUUGGUUUGCAGCCAGUCUCAAGGUCAGAACCAAGCAUUUAAAACAGGUCUUGGAGAAAUGUUAAAGAACACGUUCUACCAGUGACUACUUUAAAAAAUACAAAGGAUUAUCACAAGCCUUUUCUGUUAAUUCUUUGGGACUUCUUCUAAGAAGAAUUUAACGCAGCAUAAAUAAGAACUAUUUAUAGUGCAGCUGCAAUUUGUUUCAGCAUGGAUGAAGUGACAAGUUCUAAGGUUCUGAUUUUAAUUUGAGACAGCCCUUAUGUUUCUAAUACUGUAUUCUGAUUGUGUAAAUAAGAAAGGCUGUAAAUAUAUGCAAAUGUAGAUACCUUCUAGAACUACAGCAGUGAUCCUGUGUAGUCUUCAGUGGAAAUAAAGUUAUUUUCUGUUUGAAAUUUUUUUAACUUGAUUUUAAUGAUGGGUCGUACUGUAGGUAAGUGAAAAACAACUUUCCGUUCAGGAGUUUUGUAAUGUAUGUAAGUCUGCUUUUAUUACUUCUGCUUCUCUUUCAAUAGUUGUGUUCAAUUUUAUUUAACUUUUUUUUUAAAGUUCAACUUUUUUAUUAAACG